CCCCCGCCCCCUCCUCCUUCCCGGCGGUUGGUUUCUAGGGACGCGGCGGUUGCUGCUGCGGAGAGGCGGCUCCGGCCCUUCCGGGGAGCGGCGGAUCGGACACGCGGCCGGCUCGUGCCGCUGCGGAGCGAGUCCCGGGCCCCGGGACGGGAAAUUGGAGCCAACAACUCCCAUCUCCUUUCUGUCUCUGCAGAAAUGGUUCAGCUCCAUGUGAAGCGUGGCGACGAGAGCCAAUUCCUGCUGGAAACAACAUGCAGCAUCUCCAUGGAAGACUUAACGCAGCAAGUCACCAGGAUCUACAAUAGCAGACUCAAAGUGCAGCGUAUUUGCUCAGAAAUGGAGGAACUGGCAGAACAUGGUGUCUUCUUGCCUCCUAAUAUGCAAGGACUGGCAGAUGAACAGAUUGAAGAUUUGAAAUUAAAGGAUGAAUGGGCAGAUAAAUGUGUACCAAGUGGUGGAAGUGUCUUUAAAAAGGAUGAAAUUGGACGAAGGAAUGGACAUGCUCCAAAUGAAAAAAUGAAAGAAGUUUUAAAAAAGACAGUAGAGGAAGCUAAAGCACAAAUAUCUAAGGUAAGAUUUUAAAGUGACACUGAAUCUUUCAAAAAUGUUAUGGAUGCUAC